AAAAUUUCAACUGAACUAAUAAUUUGUGUUCAUUUCGUAAAUUUUUCAUUGAACCUGAAACAUUCAAAAUACAAGCGUGCCGUAUGAGUUGCUCGUGUUCAAGGGGUUUUUAAACGUUUCAAAAUAGAAUUCCGAAUGGAAAAUGAUCGGCAAACCCACUCCAAAACAAAAUCCAAGAAGAAAUCGAAAGACAUCAAUUUGGACAACAUAGAUGAUAAGACCUCUGUCCUUUCGAUUGUGUGUCGAAUCUGUUUUGACGAUUCCAAGGAUGAAACUAUUAUAACUCCGUGCCAUUGUAAGGGAACUGUUGCAUUUGUCCAUCGUAGUUGUUUAGAAAAAUGGCUUGCAGAAUCUAACACCACAUCAUGCGAGUUAUGUCAUCACAUAUAUGAAACAGAACGUGUGCCAAAAUAUACCGCUAAAGAAUCUGUUUGGCAAUGGAUAAGACAUCAACCACAAAACUUAGGAUUUCGUGUACGAAGAAUAAGAUGUGAUUUAAUCGCUUGUGCUGUUUUAACACCUUUAGCGAUAAUUAUCACUUACAUUUGCCUUUUCUCAGCCGAUUAUUAUAAUCAACAGAAAUACUCAAACAUCCCCACAGCACGAUGGACCUCAAUUUCAUUAUUAAUAAUGAUAGCAAUAAUGCUUUUUGGAUAUUACAUUUGGGUUUACAUUGUUGUUGGGUACCAUGGAAGAAUGUGGUAUUAUUGGUGGCAAAGAGAGUGUGUUGUAAGGUAUAUUCCACCUAGAAGAAGAAGCAUCCAUGUUGAAACAACUUUUGAUAUUGGUCCUAUUGAGACCACACCUUCAAUGGAACGCGUUUUGGAGUUAAGUAUGGGAGAUAGCAAUGCUACAAUUGGUGAGGAAACAUUUACAGAUACAAAAGAGGAUGUUGCGUUAGUCGUUGAAGAGGAGGGUUCUGCAGCUAGUGUUAGCAGUUUGGCUGUAGAAAUUGAGCAACCUGAUGCAGAUAACUUUUCUCGUCCAAAUAAUGUCCCUCCUUAAAAACAUCAACGCCUUUUUUAUUUACUACAGAAACAUACUAUAUUUACAAAAGAAAGUUAUAUUUAUUUUUGUAUUGUGCAAUCAUGUUAUGUGUAAUCAAUAAAAUCAUAACAUUGUAAA